CGGCGACGUGGCGGCGGACGAGCGUCCAUAAAUCCCGCGCGCGGUGGAAUAGUCUGCCAACCGUCACUCUCCGUCUCCGGCGCGAGCCAGCAGCAGCUCCCAGUCCAGAUUCCGUCGGUCCAGCAGCCCGAGAGAACUCAGCUCAGCUGCGCUCCGCUCCCCACACACACCACACCACACCGUCAUGGGCGCCGCCCUGCUGCUCGCGCUUCUCCUCGCGGCCGCCGCGCCGCUCUCCGCGUCGGCGGCGGUCACAGCCGGCGACGCGCACCCGGGCUACUCCGACGAGGGCACGUGCACGGUGGACGCGGGGGUGGGCGCGGAGCUGCGGCGGCUGGAGGAGCGCGGGCCCGGCGGGCGCAUCAUCGACAUCACGCACGCGUACGUGCCGGACCUGCCGGCGUUCGCGACGGGGGCGGUCACGGGGCCCGUGGUGCGCCUCAAGGAGUCCAUGGCGGACGGGUCCGAGUACAACCUCUCGGAGCUGCGGAUGGAGUGCCACAUGGGCACCCACGUCGACGCGCCGGGACACAUCAACCAGGCCCACUUCGCCGCCGGCCUCGACGUCGACACGCUCGACCUCGAAGUCCUCAACGGACCUGCAUUGCUAGUUGAUGUUCCGAGGGACACAAAUAUAACAGCUAAAGCAAUGGAAUUCCUAAAAAUCCCGAGAGGAGUUCGCCGAGUUUUAUUCAGGACACUGAACACUGACAGGAAGUUGAUGUGGAGGAAGGGAGGUGACAUGAGCUAUGUUGGAUUUACAGAGGAUGGCGCACAGUGGUUAGUUGACAACACUGACAUAAAGCUAAUUGGAGUUGACGGUCUAUCAGUUGCAGCAUUUGAUUACUUGAUCUCUGCCCAUGUGGUCUUCUUCAAAACCCCGGAUAUAAUCCCUGUUGAGGCCCUGAAACUAGACGACAUUGAGGCGGGAAUAUACAUGCUGCAUUGUUUACCUCUCAGGCUGGUUGGAGCUGAGGGUGCACCGACCAGAUGCAUCCUCAUCAAGUGAUCAUUCCCUGUUCUCGCUGGAGGUGAAACUGUAUCAUGCCAGCUGAGCUGAUGCUUCAUCGUGGCCUACGUAUUGGUUCGCAGUCCUCGUCUAUAUGAACGAAAAUGUUUGUGUAUGCCCAUGUAGAUAUGCUUGUAUGGACAAUAAAGAAGCAGCAAUACUUCCAUCAAGAAAUACUUUUGGGUAAUAAUCCGGUAAUGUAAGACAAACCUACAGUUGCCUGUAAACUAGAGGCCUGAGAGGCUAAAGUCCUCGUGCUUCACAAAUGACAAAUGCAGAAAUCAAAUAAGUUCCACAAUUCGUUUCAA